CUCGUCGCAGUAGCGUCUGAUUUGGCAAGUGGUCAAACUGAGAAUCGGUUUCGGAUACAUUUUGAAGGGCGUUAAUUCAUGUUGACCGAGAACUGUGGUCAUCUUUAUACCCCUCGCCUAUCCCAAUUUGGCCUUAAUCUUUAAUGAUAAACGGAGCAAUAUCUUUACUUUAAUGGCUUUUGUAAUAAACAGCAUGAAAGAAUUUGAAAGCGCUUUCCCUGUCCGAACAAACUCGAGCUGCAAUCCAUCGCGCGGACUGCAGCUGCCUCUUUUGGAGUUUGUAGGUUCCCACACAAGUCAGGAGGCAGGUAUGGCGAGAUUCCAUUCACGGUACCUUCCUUUUCACCAACAUGACGAGCUAGUAGGCUUCAAUGGGAAUAGACAGCAUUGUGUGCUGGCCUCUGGAUUCCUUUGCCUUGCAAUUUCCAUCAACUUGCCCCGGCCUUUACAGGCAUCUCCCAUUGACAGUACAUUAUCCCUAUUGACAAACAAUAGGACCCUUUGGCAUUGUCGUUCCUGUUCUUAAGGAUUCCAUUAAGCUCCCUCCCUUUCCGCCUUCCUGCAAACAAGCCUAUUACCAUAGCCCCUGUUUUCCCCUAGAAAACGUUCUUGUCAGUAUUUGUUAGCACUUUAUCAGCUACUCGUCACAUCCAGGUGCACCUCCAUCCAGACAAGUCGGGUACUAUAUCAUCCAGGCGAGGGUAGUCGAUCAUAUCAAGGCAGCAUACCUUGAAGUAUUGUUCUUGCUGUAUCUCUUGACUUCUUCUACCGUCUGCCUUUUGUCACUCGUUGCAUAAUUUUUCAAGGCCAGCCGAUCCAUGCUGGCGUCAACUCCAACGUAUCCGACCGCUAAGCACACGCCCGGCGAUGAAACUCGAACAACCAAGCCGUCUGGCCCGGUGUCCAGCACGCCGCUCAUGCAGUAAUCCGGAAGCACUUAACCAGCUGGUUCCUCGGUCUUUCCACUCAGCGCCGCGUGAUUCCGGAUAUGGCUCCGAAUUUAAUCUUACACCAUCUACUUGCAGCCAACAGCUGGCUACAGUAUCCAGGCCUUCCCUCAUCUCGGUUGGCUUGUCAGACUUAUACGAUGGCUCCGGGUCACUUAACAGCGACGACCAUGAUGACAUGAACUUUUCUGAGGAUGACAGUGAGGAGAUCGACACGUUCUCAGAUUCAGAGCCUCCUGAGAUGCCGAAGCCGCCACCAUUCAAGAAGUCUGCAACCUUGCCUCGGGCCUCAACACGCGCUCGCACACGCCCGUCUCUUCUAGGCACAUUCUCAAUGGAUCAGUCUGCACUCAAGUCCAGUCGCAGCUCUAACACUACUGUCUCUCGAGCCUCUCUGAGAACCUCUCCGCGACACGCUGAUCGCUUCGUACCAAGCAGAGACCAGUCCACUCCUACAUCUGAGAAGUUCAAAACCACCAAGAGUCUUCUACAACUGUCGCCAACCGAGAAGCUGCUCCGCCACGAGCGUGCCACCCCUGAUGCAUUUUGCUUCAUCCCCCGUCGUACCGCCCCUAUGGCGCAUGAAUACCGCUCCAUCUCUGCGUCUGGAACUCGAGCGACAGUCAGAACAGGCGCUAGGACUGUCUUGGGCUCUAUCACCCCAGCUAGCAGCGAUGUCAACGUCCAAAACAACCGUCAAGUCAGCCAAGGCUCUGUCUGGACGGUUAGUGGCACUGCCCCAGAUUCCCCAACUGGCGUUGUCAGCCUUGCCAUUGACGAUGGCCGGGGUCAUCUCGCCCAGAGCGGGACGACUGCCCGCUUGUUCACUACUACAUUUUCUACCAUCAGGCCCAAACCGGAGGAGGAGCUUGAGAAGCAUGAAGGAAGGCUGGCUGCCGCUCUAGAGAUUGAUCGCGCCUUGCGUGUUCUCGAUUUUGAACCGCUAAACAGACCAACGGUAUCCGGAAGGUACAAGGCAGCAGCUAAUGGCAAGCCCUCGCAAAACAAGACAUAUUGGAACGGAAGUCAGUGGGUAAAUAAUGCAAAACCUCUCAUCGAUCAUAGCACCAGGAUAUUGCCUGUUUCUCCUUUCAAAGUUCUUGAUGCCCCUCGCCUCCGUGACGACUUCUACUGUUCGGUUCUGGCAUACUCCUAUAACGCCCAUACCCUCGCUGUGGGACUCGGCGGCUUUCUCUAUAGCUGGUCAGAGGGCACCGGAGUUCGCCUCCUGGAUGAGGGACCUCGAGAUGCGAGCUGGAUCACAUCAAUCGCAUUCUCAUCAACCAACGGUGGCAAAGAUAUUCUGGCAUACGGAAGAUCCAACAAGGCCCUUUCCCUCAUAUCCCUUCGCGAAGGCAAGCCCCGUAUCCAGCUGCCUAGGCCAAACCCCAACAACCCUGGUGUUCAGGUUGAUACAGAGGACCUCCUCGUCGGAGACGAAGCCGGGAAUAUCUACUACUACAUUGUGGAGUGGCCGGCAGACUGGGAGGUUGCACGAGACAACUGGAAGGGAGAGGCCCGGUGGGUGCAUAUGAUCAGCGUCCAUCUGCAGCAGAUAUGUGGGCUUUCUUGGUCCAUAUCGGGUAACAUGUUUGCCUCGGGUGGCAAUGACAACAUGUGCUGUCUAUUUGACACCGAGAAGGUGCUAGAAUCGGCGCCUGACCCAAUGAUUGUGGGUAGAGAGGGCAGGAUGGUGGACGUCACCGACCCGAGCUUCAACCCUGAAGAUCUCGAGCUCCCUGAGGACUCCGACGAGGAGGAAGAUGACCUCCCGUCCCGUCACCCUCUGAUUGCCAACCGCUUACGGCUGGGCUCAGCCAAACAGCGCUGGGCUCACGGCGCCGCCGUCAAGGCCAUUGCAUUUUGCCCGUGGCAAGAGGGUCUUGUGGCCACGGGCGGUGGCUCGAACGACAAGUGUAUACACUUUUUCCACACUACGUCGGGCGCAGCACUGGCCACAAUUGCAGUGGCUUCUCAAGUCACUAGUCUGAUUUGGAGCACAACAAGGCGAGAGAUUGCAGCUACUUUUGGUUACGCCCAGCCCGAACACCCUUUUCGCAUCGCCAUUUUCUCUUGGCCUUCCUGCAAGCAGGUUGCUGCAAUUCCAUGGGAAGGCGAACAUCGGGCCCUGUAUGCGAUUCCAUACCCGAGGGAGCCGCUUGCAAACCAAUCAUUCGGAAAAUAUCGUGAAACUGCGCCGAGGCCCUCAGUCUCAAAUGGGAACGGUCUCAAUGGAGGUAAGGACGGAUGCAUAGUCGUCGCAGCCAGCGAUGAGAGUGUGAAGUUCUAUGAAGUAUGGCCAGCCGAUAAACGACCCACUACUGGAGGAGUCGGCAUGCUCGGGGGCAGUGAUAUUCUCGAGUCACUCGAAGGCAUCACGAAGGAGGGUGAUGUUAUCCGUUGA